ACAUCUCUUUCCCAAGUCUUUCACUCCAUGCCCUCUUCUUCUACCACUGCCACACUUCCCUCGUUCCUCAUUUUUCCAAAAAAGUACAGACAAGUACGUGUUCCUGCACCGAUUUAUCAUGGCUGAAUCCUCUAUGAACAAAAGUUGAUCUCCUCGGACUUUCGAGUGACAUGACGAAAGGAACCCAUCGGUAGCUGGAAAAUUGAUUGUGGUACUGCAAAUCACAAGAUUGAGGCUGAUAUGCAAGUAUAUGUGGCUGAUGAAUUCACGAUUUCUUGUCUACUAUUGGAUGUUUAUAACUGCCGACAGAGAUGAGGAUUAGACGGCAAGGGAAGAUUUGAAAGUUAUGAGGCUGGCCAAGUAAUUGAAAAAGGGUAAGAUUUGAUGAGGGGUGAAAAGGGUGGAGGAAAUGGAGUUGGAGUCUUCUGAUAAUCAGUAGGUGGUGGAAGUUUGUUUCUGGACGGUAGAAUGGGAUCCGGAUCAGCAUCAUCAAACUCAAAAAAGUCUUUGACAUUCAGGGUGACCAGACAAAAGCCUGAGCUGGUCCGUCCGGCCAAGUCCACCCCUAGGGAAUUCAAGCUCCUCUCUGACAUCGACGAUCAAGAGGGUCUUCGCACUCAACUCCCCGCCAUCCAUUUUUACCAUAACCAUAAUAAUGAUCCCAGGAUUAAUGGGACCAGGAGGAGAUUAGACCCCGUGAAGGUGAUCAGGGAGGCUAUUGCGAAGGCUCUGGUGUUCUACUACCCGUUUGCAGGGCGGCUGAGAGAAGGCCCCGGAAGAAAGCUGAUGGUUGAGUGCACGGGAGAGGGUGUUCUGUUCAUUGAAGCCGAUGCAGACGUGACGCUGGAGCAGUUUGGGGAUGCGCUUCAGCCUCCAUUCCCGUGCUUGGACGAGCUCCUCUAUGAUGUUCCUCACUCUGGAGGAAUCCUUCACUGUCCUUUACUGCUUAUACAGGUAACUCGUUUAAGAUGCGGUGGUUUCAUCUUCGCAUAUCGCCUAAAUCACACCAUGGCUGAUGGUGCUGGAGUCAGUCAGUUCAUGAAUGAGGUGGGAGAAAUCGCACGGGGAGCCUCUGCCCCAUCUAUACAGCCAGUAUGGCAGAGAGAGCUCCUCAAUGCUAGAGACCCGCCAAGGGUGACGUGCACCCACCACGAAUACGACCAGGUAGCUGACACCAAGGGAUCCAUCAUUCCCCAGGAUGACAUGGUCCAUCGUUCUUUCUUCUUUGGCCCGGCAGAGAUCUCAGCGCUGAGAAAAUCGAUCCCUCUUGACCUUAGUCGCAAGUGUUCGACGUUUGAUGUUCUCACAGCCUGCCUCUGGCGCUGCCGAACCAUCGCCCUCCAGCCUGAACCUAACGAGGAAGUCCGCGUGAUGUGCAUUGUUAAUGCUCGUUCCAGGUUCAAUCCUCCCUUGCCCCAAGGAUACUACGGCAAUGUUAUAGCAUAUCCAACGGCGCUGACGACAGCUGGAGAGCUAUGCAACAAGCCUGUGGGAUAUGCAGUGGAGCUGGUGACCAAGCUCAAACGUGUUGUGACAGAAGAUUACAUGAGAUCUGUGGCUGAUUUAAUGGUUAUUAAAGGGAGGCCUCAUUUCACUCUGGUGAGGACUUAUCUUGUGUCGGAUGGUACCCGGUCUAGGUUGACUGACGUGGACUUUGGUUGGGGAAAGCCGGUGUAUGGGGGGCCGGCCAAGGGUACUGUUGCCAGCUUUCACAUACCCUUCAAGAACAAGAAGGGGGAGGAAGGAAGAGUAGUUCCUAUUUUUCUGCCGGGUUUGGCAAUGGACAGAUUUGUGAGCGAGCUGAAAAACUUAUUGUUGAGCAACAAUGUCCAUCGUGGUGCCAUUACUGAUCGCUCCAUCUCCGUCAAAUCAGCCUUGUGAACUAACUUUCUUUCUGUACCUGAUCAAGUCCACCUCUGUAUUUCUCAUGUCAUUUGGAUUGACUGUAGUUUCUACCAUUUAUGAUCGAGUUAGUGGCACAGUCAUUCUAAUUAGACAAAAACACGUCUCUUCUUCUAUUAUACCUCC